AUGGCAACUGUCAACCCCCCUUCUAGGAUGCUUGCCUCCUUCCCUCCGGAGGGUGGCAGACACCCCUUAGGCAGCGUUUACCCUGAGGGGCACCAGUUUCAGGAAGCCCAAACGGCUUCUGUUGAACCGGGUAUAGCGGAUGGCAUCACCUCUGGGGCUUCAGGCCUUACGGCCUACUCCGCACAGCCCAGCCAAAGUAACACUGCAGCCCCGGGGGAAGAGCUAGUGGAAGUGGAGCCUCCAGCCGCACAGGCCCUGACUUCUCAGGACAAUUUGACUGUGGAGAAAUUGGACAGGAAAAGCCCCUCAUAUAUCAUGACGGUUGCAAGUAGUCUAAUCAGGUUCUACAAUAUUAGAAAAGGAGAAAGCCAGAUUGGGACCACCACCAAGAAACCAAAAAAAAGGAAAGAAAAUUUGGAACCACCUUGCGGAUUGAGCUGUAUGGCUUUUCCCAGAUGUCAACGCUUUAAUAAUAUCCACUGCUUCCUAACUAUCUACUGCAUCCUGGUGACCUCCCAAGUGGCCCAUGAAGCUCCAUCAGCAACUACAGAUGAUUCCACAACAAGCAGUUCAUUGACUCUAGCUUUGGAAACUGCAAGGACUGCAGAAGCAGCCGGUGGCUGUGAGCUAGCUCUCACAGCAUUAGUAGCAGGUGGCUCUGGGCAUUUUAUCACAGAAUUAGUGACGCAGGUGCCAAUAGUAAAGGCAGCCAACAGCCCAUGCCCCAGUAUUGUGUUUGGUCUUAAAAAUCUGAGCGUUGACCUUUUUCGACAGGCAAACCACCUGCAACCCUUUGAGUAUAUUAUGUUGUCAAUGACUUACGAUGUUACAUCUUGCCUGGUUGUAGUGUUCCUAUCAUUCUAUGGAGGGAGAAGAAGCAUACCAAGGUUGAUUUCACUUUCCUCCUUUUUAGUAGGAUUUGGAUCACUUUUGUUUGCUCUCCCAUACUUUAGUGGAGAAACUUAUCAAGUGAAUAUAAAAUAUACAGAUAUGUGCCUAGAUCAGAAGAUUCCCGAUGUUUGCAAGAAAAACACACUAUCAUCUCAAUCAAAAUUUCUGAUUUCCUUCAGCCUUGGGCAGAUUCUGCAGGGAAUAGCAGCAAUACCUCUUUAUGUUCUUGGACUCGUCUUUCUAGAUGGAAGUGUUACAACACACUCAUCUGGCAUGUACUUAGGUUGUGUGGAAGGUUCAUUAAUGGUUGGAUAUGCUUUGGGUUACACAAUAGGUGCACCCCUAACUAAUGUCUUAGAGAAUGACACUAUUGUGAAGAGCAGUAAAAGCAACAUUAGUGGUCAAUCCUGGCAUCAGACUUGGUGGCUUAACUAUGUGAUUGUCACAGUUACUUCAUGGUCUACAUUCAUACCAUUGCUGUUAUUUCCACCCGCUCUACAAGGUACAGCAAAGAUAAAAGCUGCCAAACUGAAACAGCCACAGCUUGACAUACUUAAAGAUAAGGAAUUUGGAACAAGUUUCAAGGAUCUAUUUUCUGCUAUUUGGAGUCUGAUGAAAACUCCAAUUUUUGUGUUCCUAGCUCUGUGCAGAGCAUCGGAAUCUUUAGUUCUUAUUGCAGGUGCUGAAUUUUUGCCCAGAUAUAUUGAAAAUCAGUUUAUAAUAACACCUCGUGAAGCAACCACUCUUACAGGAAUAAUUUUAAUUCCAGGAGGUGCAAUUGGUCAGCUACUUGGAGGGAUCAUUGCUUCCAAAUUAGAAAUGUCUUGUAAAGCCCUUAUGAGAUUUACAAUAAUUACAUCUGCUGUAUCCAUUAUCAUGCUUGUCUUUGUAUUUUUUGUACACUGCAAUUCAGUACCAUUUGCUGGAAUCAAUGAAGAUUAUGCUGGUACAGGGAAGUUGGGGAACCUGACCGCUCCUUGCAAUUCUCAUUGUCACUGCUCAUCUUCAUUGUAUUCUACUGUAUGUGGAAGAGAUGAUAUUGGAUAUUUCUCUCCUUGCUAUGCAGGCUGUGUGCAAUCUAAAACAAUAAAUCAUCGUAUGGUAUACUACAAUUGCUCUUGCAUUAAAGAUGGAUUAAUAAUAUCAGAUGAUCAAGGUGAUUCUAUUGAUGCUAAAUCUGGGACAUGCGAUGCCAAAUGUUAUAAACUACCUUUGUUCCUUGCUUUUGUAUUAUCUACGGUGGUGUUUUCUUGUUUCGCUGGUAUACCGAGCACAUUGAUCAUCCUCCGGAUUAUAUCAGAAAAGCACCGUUCUGUAGCCUUCGGUUUGACUUUUAUCAUUUUGAGACUAUUUGGGACUAUACCUGGACCAGUAGUCUUUAAAGUAGCAAGAGAAGCUUACUGUAUUUUUCGUGAUAUUGAUCGCUGUGGAGUCACUGGAAAUUGUUGGCUGUAUGACAAGACAAAAAUGGUCUACUUAUUGGUAGGACAAUGUUUAUUAUGCAAAGCAGUCACUAUCAUCUUCAUGUCUAUUUCAUUGGGCCUAUUCAAAUAUUUACCACAGGAAAAACAGGAUAUCAUAUCUAGACCUGUGAGGAGUCUAAAAGCAAAGAAAAAGAAGAAGAGAACUAAGUAUUAA